GAAGAAGACGAUAAUGAUCCAUUAUGUCCUGAAAAACAAGCAUCUAAAAAUUCAUCUAAGAAAGCUCGAACAAAGAGGAAAUUGAGAAAACAGAUCAAAUUGUGAAAAAAGAUGAAAAGAACAAAAAUGAAAGAAAAACCAAAACGUAGACAUGCAAGAAGAGAACAAAAUCUAACCUGGUUCUCGUGAAUCAGAUGAUAAACUCUCAACUAACACCUUCUGAUUCCAAUUCAAAGUAUCGAAUCACGAAAGGCUGUGCUACAACGAAAGGUAAAAUUCACAAUAUUGAAAGAAUUCUAACGAUUGACACUAGAGCAGGAAUCCAUUAUAACUAUUGGAAACUAAUCGGCGGAAAUUCUGAUUCAAUCGAUCCUUAUUUCGGAGCCGAUGUAGUUGGACCUGAAGGUAGUUCAGUAGAACCAGUUGGAUGGGUAGAAGCAGAAAUCACGGUAGCAGGAUAAACUAUUUAUCACCCAUCCAUCCCAGCAAAAAAGUUCAACCAGUUAGUUCUCCUCGGAACAGAUUUCCUCCACAAAGCAGGGAUUGUCCUGGAUAUUCGAGGCGGAAGGUUAUGGCGAAAAUCUAGGCCAACUGAAAAAUAUCUUCUGUCCAUGGAAUUAUAUCAGGCUGGUCGUCUAGAUGCCCCUGUUUAUGCAGCUAAGAAAAGAAUCAUCCCUCCUUAUCAUGAUACCUAUCUCACUGUCAGAGUCCCAUCAGAUUUCGAUCCAGGCCAGUGGGAAGCUACCACCACCUCCUUUCCGAGCAGAAUAUCUACGCAAAUUGUUUAGUGGUCGUUAAAAAUAAGUCUACAGCUUUACAAAUAGCAAAUGUGACGUCACGAAGACAAGUCAUCCAUAAAGGGCAAAGAUUGGCUUAUCUAGAACCAUUAGCAAGCCAAUGGAUCACGCCUUCAACGGGAAUUCUUCAACCACAAUCACAACACUAUGCAAUCUAUAAUGGAUGAGAUAUUCCUCAGCAUCAUUAUAAUAAUACCAUCAAUUAUUAUCAAAAUAUUAAUACAAAUUUAUUAAUUAAUGAUGAUUAUUCGACGAAGCAUCCGAACCCAACAAAACAUCAUGGACCAGUAGAUCCAACAUUAGAACUGGAACCGCUGAUGCCAGUCAUAAACAAAGAAGGAUUAACUCAUGCAGAGACAUAUAUUGACACAUAUAUUGACUCACACAAUUCGAUGGGAGAAGUUGAAGAGGAAGGUGAACAAGAAACCGAACAUGAAAAAGAAGAAAAAUACACGUAUAAUGUAGUUAAGGAAAAUAAGGAAUCUUAUAAUGUAUCUGCACCUUCUUCGUCUCAAGCGUCGAAAAGCGAGGAAUUUUGGGAACAACUUUUGAGACACUUAGAUCUCUCCAGUGCUUCUUUAAUUGAUGCUGAGGAAAAACGUUUGAGUGAUUUAGUUCUCAAGUACGCCAAUCUAUUCACUUCACAACCGGGAUGUACUAACAUCAUUAAACAUCACAUUGAUGUUCGUGACGCUAAACCAAUUAAACAGCAACCUUAUUGUGCUCUGCCUCCACCCAGAGACUAUGUCACUCAAGAGCGGAUUCAAAUGCAAGAGCAAAAUAUAAUUGAACUCGCUACUGGACCUUGGGCAGCUCCAGUUACAUUGCAGCCGAAGCGAGACGGAACAAUGCGUUUUUACAUUGAUUUUCGUCGACUGAACGCAGUCACCAUUCGAGAUGUCUAUCCCUUGCCACGGGUAGAUGAUACUCUCAAUGCUCUACACGAUGCCCAAUUCUUUAGCACGUUAGAUUUACGCUCAGGAUUUUGGCAAGUAGAACUCGAUGAAGAAAGACAUAUAGUCAGUGCUGAUGGUAUACGUUCAGAUUCGGAAAAAUUACAAGCAGUACGUGAUUUUCCGGUUCCGUUCAAAGUUAAAGACCUGGAUGCAAGUGAUUAUGGUCUAGGAGCCAUAUUAGCCUAG